CUCUAUGCCUCCGCACGCAGAGUGGAGCAGACGGGCAACAGCCACACAAACACACUCCCCUCUCAGUUACAUGCACAGUCACACAUACCACACACAUACCACAACCACUGCCGCCACCGCACGCACACACACACACACACACACACAUAGUGAAGGCUGCCAAGCUCAGUGGGAAGCAAGCCGUCAGGGAGAGAGCUUGAGAAGAAAGAGAAGGAUCGCAGAGGGGAAGAGAAGAAAAGAAAAGAGAGAGUUGGAGGAGGCACCUUGUGGAUCAGAAGGGAUUUUCCUCUGUGUGAGUGUGUGAGCGUCUGGAUAAGACUAUCUGCUUCUUCCUAAGCAAGAGGACUUUUUUAACCAAGGCUUUUUUUUCUUUCUGGUCAUCCUCCACACUGGGCUCCAGCGAUAUCUACCGAUCUAUCCCCAGAGCUUAACAAAAGAGCCAGAGAGUACGAGUGAGUGAGAGAGAGAAAAAAAAAAAGGCAGUCACAGCUUCAGCUCCAGACCACCCUCUCUCCUCCUCCUUCUCCUCCUCCUCUCCUCCAUCCAUGUGUGAGUUCAUCGCUGAUUUCACUGUCUUUACAGAGCAGAGGACGGUGUGUGUUCUCUAGGAUACAGCCAAGCUCCCCGUGGGAUCAGGGUCCUGUCUGGUGCGCGUGUGUGUGAGAGAGAGAGGAAGAACGAGAUUGGCAAUCGGAUACACAGGAAGAGAGAAAGAGACAGAGAAAGACCAGAGAGAGAGACAGACUGGAAAGCAAAUUGAAAGGGCAUGUUCAGGGCAGCAGAGAAGAAGUGAUUCUGAUUUUCAGAUCGGAGAGGAACCGGCAGUUGAACCCUGUCUAUUCCUCCUUUCCUCCUCCUCACCGUCCUCUUUUUUUCCCCCUCUCCUUUAACUCUCUCUCUCCAUCCUGCUAAUAAACCUCCCCUAUUGUUUCUUGUGUUGAGUCUACUAUCCUGUCAUAUCUCCCUUUUCUGCUGCCACUCAAGAUUCCGUCUCUUUUUCCAGACCCCAUGGGGAAGACUGCUUUUGUGAGGUUCCCUCUGUGAGCUCCCAGACAAAUAGACAGACUAAUAUCCCAAGUACUAUCUGUUCUUCUGUCCAUCCCUUCUCUCUCUCUUUUUUUUGCGUUUACCACACACGCACACUCCAGUAAGAGAGCGUUCUCUCUCUCUCUCUCUCUCUCUUUGCAUCCUUGACUCUUGGAAACAGUCGUCUCAAGGAUCCAGGCUGACCCUUUGGAGUGAUCAUAUCCCACCUGCGAGCUUCUACCUCCAGCCUCCAGGACCUUCAUUUGGAUUCCAGCUACAUGGGAAAACGUUUGGAGCAGCAGCAAAUGUACCCCCACUACACCUACUACUACCCCCACUAUCUCCAGACCAAGCAGUCCUAUGUUCCUCCCCCUCAACCCAUGGCUCCGCCCAGUCCUGGCACCACAGGAGGAGGAGGCGGUGGAGGUGGAGGUCAUGGAGGAGGGUUAAUGGAGCAGCUUAGUAAGACCAACCUGUACAUCAGAGGCCUGCCACCAGCUACCACCGACCAGGACCUCAUCAAACUCUGCCAGCCAUAUGGGAAGAUCGUAUCAACGAAGGCCAUCCUGGACAAGAACACCAAUCAGUGUAAAGGCUAUGGCUUUGUGGACUUUGACAGCCCUGCAGCAGCCCAGAAGGCGGUGGCCUCACUCAAAGCCAGUGGAGUCCAGGCACAAAUGGCAAAGCAACAGGAGCAGGACCCCACCAACCUCUACAUCUCCAACCUGCCAGUGUCCAUGGACGAGCAAGAGCUGGAGAAUAUGCUCAAGCCCUUUGGUCACGUCAUUUCCACGCGGAUACUGAGGGAUGCCAGCGGCCUGAGCAGAGGAGUCGGCUUUGCCAGGAUGGAGUCGACAGAGAAGUGUGAUGUAGUGAUCCAAAAUUUCAAUGGAAAAUUCUUGAAAACCCCUCCAGGCAUGACAGCCUCAGCAGAGCCAUUGUUGUGCAAGUUUGCUGAUGGAGGCCAAAAAAAGAGGCAGACCCAGGUCAAGUAUCCCCAGAAUGGCCGGCCAUGGACACGGGAUGGAGAGAGUGGUAUGGCGCUGACAUAUGAUCCUACUGCAAUGCAGAACGGCUUCUACUCUUCACCGUAUAGCAUCUCCACCAACCGGAUGAUUGCACAGACAUCAAUCACACCCUUCAUUGCUGCCUCUCCUGUCUCCACAUAUCAGGUCCAAAGUACAUCUUGGAUGCCACAUCAGCAGUAUGUUAUGCAACCGACAGGCGCUGUCAUCACUCCAGCUACAGCUAUAGAGCCCAGUUUGUCUCUUCAUCCCUCCAGUGUUAUGGCUCCUCUGGCCCAGCAGAUGAACCACCUGUCUCUCGGCACUACAGGCACCUACAUGCCUGCUGCAGCGGCUGCAUCUAUGCAAGGAACCUACAUUCCCCAGUACACUGCAGUGCCUGCUUCUGCCAUCACAGUAGAAGGCGUGGUGACAGACACGUCUCCUCAGACAGCCGUCCCCUCCUCGCAGGAAGCCAGCGGGCAGCAGCCUUUAUCAGUGGAAAAUACAGUAGAUCAUGCUGCACCCUACUCUUACCAGCAGUCCAAAUAAAAAGGUUUGGUGGGAAUCACAGCUGCGCUGCCGGUAGAAUGACUGCACCAAAGCGCCGGAGACCCAGAGAGAAUCAAAAUGAAAUAAGAGACAAAGAAAAAAGAGCUGAUGGACAACACUGACGGGAGGAAACUUCUUCUGUGUGCGCACAAGCACCGAAUAAAAGACAAAAUGAAGGGGAGAGAAAAAAAAAAUCAAUGUUUUUUACCUGAUUCAGCCAAGAAAUGAUGGUUUUGCUCGAACUUGAAGACAAUGAAAUCAAACUCUGUCUGCAACUGUGAGUACAUCAUUUCUCUCCAUGAGGCUGGACUUUGCCUCCAAAGGAAAAAAAAAAAAGAUCAGACAAACUCAACCAACAAGCUGUACAGAGAAAAAAAGAACAUUUGAAUGUGCAGGUAGAUUUUCAGACUUUUUUAUGACAAAAAAAAAAGGAAGCAAAGUCUAGAGGGAAAAAAACAGAUUGUCUUCCUUUAAUAUUAAGCUACAUUAUUUUUCAUUCUUUUUAUUAUUUGAGUAGUUUUCUAGAAAUUCAAUGUUUUUUCGUAAAUCUUUAUUGCCUUAAUUUUCUCAGACUGGGGAAAAAUAUUUCCAUAGUGUUGAAUUAUUAUUAAAUAAAAAAGAGAGCCUUGAAAUCUACUAAGCUAUCUGUACAGGAUUAAAAAAAAAAAAAAAAAAAAAA